AUGUUUGUCCUCGGCGCAGUUAUCGGCCACCACCAACCGUACGGCGACUCGCCAGCACCGUGGAAGAUGGCGAUGGCCUACGACCUCGUGUCGACUGUCGGCUGGGCGUUCUUCUGCGCCGGCGUCUUUGCUAUCGGGUACAGCUGGAGUGGUCGUAUCCCUUGCAUCUACUGCAUGCUUCAGUUCUCCGACGAGCCGCAGCCAUGGAAGGCUGCAGGGCUCUACCUGAUCCCCGUCCUGCUCACCGCCUUGUCCGUCGUUGGCCUGGCCCUCCGCCUCGUUGCUGCCCACCUCACAGAACGUGGCGAGUCGGGAAUCGUCAACGAGACACUGUGGGUCCGCGCCACGUUUGUCGCUCGCGCAAGUGUCGCGUCGGCCGUGGCGUUUGCCGGGUGCUUUCUCAUCGUGCUCCCGUACACGGCCUGGAUGCGGGCCAGGAUGCGCAGCCGCACACGCGUGGACGGUAUCGACCACACGGCCGUCGCCGCCAUGGUCCGCGAGGCGACGUUUGUGGACAGCACGGGCGGCAGCGAGGUUGGCGCUGUCAUCCUGCUCGAGGUGCUGGGAACCAUGCUCUUUAUCGAAUCCAUCUACCGCCUCUUCCUCGUCCAGGUGACGAUCAAGCCACACAUUUCGCAUUCGUGGUGGCGCGGCUCGCUGGCGCUCGACGUUCUUCUCGUCAUGCCCGAGUGGAUUGCCGUCACCAUUGCCCUCCUCGUCGACGAGCAGAAGCUGCACAACGGCCAGGUUGACCUCCACCACAACCUGUCCCUGUCAAGGAAGAGCCUCAUGGUGACCAGAGAACACAAAAGCAUAAGCAUGCCAUUGGGACUGUCCGAGAGCCCCAGCAGACGCCCGCUGAAUUCAUGGGCAGACUGA